GGCACCUGGACCCUGAGAUCUACAGCUUCGCCAUUCGCCUAGAGCACUGAAAAGGAGCCCCAGUCAUGAAGAGGUUUCUCCUGGCCACCUGUUUGGUGGCUGCACUGCUGUGGGAGGCAGGCGCAGCUCCAGCACACCAGGUCCCUGUCAAGACCAAAGGCAAACAUGUGUUCCCUGAACAGGAAACAGAGAAGGUCUGGGAUACUAGAGCCCUGGAGCCUCUUGAAAAGGACAACCAGCUGGGGCCACUGCUUCCUGAACCCAAACAGAAGCCUGCAGCUGCCGAGGAAAAGCGUCCAGAUGCCAUGACCUGGGUGGAGACUGAGGAUAUCCUGAGCCAUCUUCGCAGUCCUCUUCAGGGUCCAGAACUGGAUCUUGACAGCAUAGACCAUCCCAUGUCUGACGAUGUCCAGGAUGAAGAAGUGCCCCAGUCACGGCCCAUCCUGUAUCGUCAGGUGCUGCAGGGACCAGAGGAGGACCUUGACCACCUCGCCCACUCUAUGGAGGAUUCUUGAAAGCCCUAACCACUCUUCCACUCCUUUCCUGAGGUCUAGGCUGUUGUGACCACUGAGUCUCCCCAGCUAGUAAAAAAAAAAAAUAAAUACCUGAAAAUUGGUGGGAG